AUGUCGACAGGUCGUGCACAAGAACAACCCCAGGCUGGUGCCCUCUUGAGGGGUUUACGAGAGCACCUCAUGAAACACGGAGGAGCAGCUACGCCCGGCGCAGCGCCGUCACCAUAUCCUGCGAAUGCGACGCCGGCAGAUUCGUAUCACAACGGGGAAGCGUCAAGUCCUCAUGAUCCCAACAUUGACCCCAACGUAUCAGGCGAUGGCAUGUCAUAUCCAAGCGGUGAUGCCAUGGACGAAGAUAUGAGCCAGAGCACGCCGAAGGGCAAGAGAGAGCUAUCCACUAGCAAGAGAGCGGCGCAGAACAGAGCGGCACAGCGCGCCUUCCGACAACGCAAAGAGACCUAUAUCAAGAAGCUGGAGAAAAACCUCGACGAAUUCCAGGCGAUGGAGUCAAGCUUCAAGGCUUUGCAGAAUGAAAAUUAUCAGCUCCGCGAAUACAUCCUCAACCUCCAAGCACGACUUCUGGACAACCAGACCGAGUUCCCGCCUGCGCCUUCACACAUUAACCUCUCCGCUGGCGCGCCAGCGCAGGUAUCGAAUGCUAGUGCCGAACAGCAACUACGUCGCGAAAUGCAGCAGCAGCAACAGCAGCAGCAACAUGCACCACCGCCUCCUGCGCCGGUGGUUGCACGUGAAGACACGUCACGUCAUGACGGAAUCAGUCAAUUGCAAGCUGCCGCGGCCGUCUCCGUCGCCGAGACACAACCAAAUGCUGCAACGACCUAUCCCCCACUUGCCACAGGCGACACUUCGCCACAACAGAAACGACAGCGUACUGAAGAAACGCGCCCGUCUAGCGGCGAUUCUAAGCCGGCAGUGUGA